AUGGUCAAAACACUUGACCUUGAAUAUGAUGAUGGUUAUGAUGAUGCUGUAGCAGAUAGCAGCUUUACUUAUGAUGGUUGUGGAGAUCCUGAUGAAGAUAUAUAUGAUGAUGAGGAUGUAAAGGGUGCUCCUGUGAGUAAGCUAAACGCAGCAAGUUUUUCCAAACCGUCAUGCGUUCGCAGGCGGCUUGAUUUCAGUCGUGAAGCCAUCGAGCAUCAUCCAAAGCUAUUUUCUCAUCCAGAAGGCACAAGCCAUAAUAGAAAUAACGUGCCAGGCCAGGGCAAAGGAUCAGCCAUACCUGUGCAGCUUGACACUGGAAGUGCUGUGGUAUUUGUCUGCAAAGGCAAGAACAGCCACAGACCGUAUGUCCAAAGUCAUCAAUCUGAUCAUCACACAGGAGCAAACACUGAGCCAAACUCUCGCACAAGAUUAUCACCAAAGUGUGUCUCAUUCCACAAACCAAAACCAUGCAGACCUACAACAGUGGCAUCAAAUAGGUUUAGCAACAAAACAGAUGGGCUCAAAGAUGGAAAAGGAAUCUCUAGGAAGGAAAAACUCUCUCCAGAAAUAAGCAGUAACGGAGCUACUGAACACACAGCUAAGCCAACACCUGUUUAUGAAUCAAAGAGAACAGCCGGCUACAACUACGGACUACCACUGAGUUCCCCUCCUGCUCCAAACAGAAAGCAACCAGGGGGGCAGCGGAUCAGUGUGUGUGUGAGGAAAAGACCUCUGACACGCACAGAGGACAGGAGAGGAGAGGCAGAUGUGGUGACAACUCCAAGUGGAGAGUGUGUGAUUGUCCAUGAAGGCAAAGAGGCUGUGGACCUCACACAGUACAUACUACAGCACAGGUUCUACUUUGACCAGGUGUUUGGGGAGGACAGCUCCAAUGAGGAGGUGUAUCGAAGAACAGCAUAUCCUCUGGUGCAGCACAUGCUCAGUGGAGGAAAGGCCACCUGCUUUGCAUAUGGCCAGACAGGUGCAGGGAAGACUCACACCAUGUUGGGUUCUCCUGGGAGACCAGGCCUGUAUGCACUGGCAGUUCGGGACAUUUUUGCUCACCUCUCCACCGCACACAUGCACUCAACCUUACUGGUGUAUGUCAGUUUCUUUGAAAUCUACUGUGGUCAGCUGUAUGACCUGUUGGACCACAGAAAAAGGUUGUUUGCCAGGGAGGAUGGACAAAAGGUGGUUCACAUUGUUGGGCUGCGUGACGUCAGAGUGGACUCAGUCAGCUCCCUGUUGGAGGUGAUUUCACAGGGUACAGAGGAGCGCACACAAGGGAUGAGUGGAGUGAACCCACUCUCCUCUCGUUCCCAUGCCUUGCUUCAGAUUCACACAAGAGACACAAACCAGCAGAUUGCUGGAAGGAUGUGGUUUGUCGAUCUGGCAGGAAGUGAGAGGGCAUCAGAUACCAAAGAACCAGACAGGCAGAGUCGUAUGGAAGGAGCUGAGAUCAACCAGAGUCUGUUGGCUCUUAAAGAAUGUAUCCGGUCCCUUGAUCAAGAGCAGUCGCACACACCUUUCAGACAAAGCAAACUGACUCAGGUUUUGAAAGACUCAUUUGUUGGUGACUCAAUGACGUGUAUGAUUGCCAACAUUUCACCUGGUCAUUUAGCAACGGAACACACACUAAACACACUGAGAUACGCCGACCGGGUGAAGGAGUUGAAGGGACAUGGAGGACUAAGACGAGGAAGAAGGAGCAAGACAACACCCUCCCCCAAACGUAACCUGUCCAACAGCAGCAGCAGCAGCAGUGGAAGCAUCAUUUUUGGAACCCGAGGGAAAAGUCCCCCUAAAAAGCCAAAGUUAGGGAGACAAAGAGAGGAUUUUGGCUCCCCCACACCUACCGCAAGAUUGACUACGGGGGGUGCAAUUCUCUGCUCCACACCAAAAAACAGCAAAUGGGAAGAGGAAACAAGUGCAAAUGCAAGAAAGGGGAUUGGACUUGAGCACAUUACACCAGUCAGAGGUUGGCUAGGAAUAGGUGAUAAAAGGGAGAGGAGGGAGAGAGCAGCUGGGAGGGAAGGUAGAAGAAGAGAAAGGGAUGGAGCAACUGGGGGCCACUCAGAUGGUGACCAAAAUGUUGUGGCAGGGCUGGUCGUGGGACAAGCAACAGAUGACUUGUGGGAGGUACAGAGGGAAACUGGAUUCUAUCACAGAGAAAAAGAGAACCAGCAAAGCACCUUGAAAGGGGGAGGAAGGGAGGAAAGAAGAUGGUUAGAGCAGAGAAGACAAGUGGAAAGCAGUAGAGACACAUGUAGUGAAGUAGAAAGGCUAAGGGAAAGAGAUUUACAGACAGUUGAUGAAGGGGAUAAGGAGAGGGAGAGGCAUCUGAGACAGUAUCACCAGCAGCUGCAGCAGUUUAUGCCCUCAUCAGCUUCUUCAUCUGUCCAUCUCUUCUCACCCUCUACAUGUCCGUCUUUCUCUUCCUCUAAUCAAGCCUCUCUCUCUUCUUCUGUCUCUCCAUCUUCCCGUUCUUCUCUCCAACGCUCUUCUCCCAUCUCAGUCUCUGCCCUUAUGUAUCAUGGUUUGGAAGAGGUUUUAGAUGCGUACAGAGCCAGGGUUGAGGUUAGAGCCGAUGGUGACAGAGGACAGAUGAAGUUGGUGGUCAUGGUGACUCAGGUGGUGUUGGUGAAGAGUGGAGGGUAUCUAGGGAGGCAAGAUUUAGACACGACAGAGGUGAACGUGAGAAGAGGUCACUGA